CUCUCUCUCUAUCUAUACAACACACAAUGCUCCCCCAUUAAACCUCACAGAUCUCACACACGCACAUAUAUAAUCGAUAUAGACAUAUAUGUCUGUGUAUGUAGUGAGGCUUAUUGAUUAAUGGCUUCUGCAGCAGAGCAACCAAGUAAUAUAGAGGUGUUCUCAUGGCUGAAAAACCUACCAGUGGCGCCAGAGUACCACCCAACCCUAGCUGAGUUCGAAGAUCCAAUUGGGUACAUUUUCAAGAUCGAAAAAGAAGCCUCGAACUAUGGAAUCUGCAAAAUCGUUCCACCUGUGCCGGCACCUCCGAAGAAAACCGCAAUUUCCUACCUCAACAAGUCCCUCGCGGCCCGUUCAUCGAACUCCAACCCCAAAUCAACCCCCACAUUUACUACAAGGCAACAGCAGAUUGGGUUUUGCCCACGAAAACAUCGGCCAGUUCAAAAACCUGUGUGGCAGAGUGGUGAGCAAUACACUUUAAAUGAAUUUGAAGCCAAAGCCAAGAGUUUUGAGAGGAAUUACUUGAAGAAAGCCGCGAAAAAGGCUUUAUCUGCUUUGGAAAUCGAAACCCUUUACUGGAAGGCGACUGUGGAUAAACCCUUUUCGGUGGAGUAUGCAAAUGACAUGCCAGGGUCGGCAUUUGUGCCUUUGAGUGGGAAGAAGAGUAGGGAAACAGGGGAGGCAGUGACUGUUGGUGAGACUGAGUGGAAUAUGAGAGGUGUGUCUAGGGCGAAAGGGUCUUUGUUGAGGUUUAUGAAGGACGACAUUCCUGGAGUGACAUCGCCGAUGGUGUACAUUGCAAUGUUGUUUAGCUGGUUUGCUUGGCAUGUGGAGGAUCAUGACUUGCAUAGCUUGAAUUAUUUGCAUACAGGGACAGGGAAGACUUGGUAUGGUGUGCCGAGGGAGGCGGCCAUUGCAUUCGAGGAGGUGAUCAGGGUUCAUGGGUAUGGAGGAGAGAUUAAUCCUCUUGUGACUUGUGCUACACUUGGUGAGAAGGUCACGGUAAUGUCACCAGAAGUUCUGCUUGGUGCUGGGGUUCCAUGUUGCAGGUUGGUGCAAAAUGCUGGUGAAUUCGUUGUCACUUUUCCUAGAGCCUAUCACUCAGGGUUUAGUCAUGGAUUUAACUGUGGGGAGGCUGCUAAUAUUGCUACUCCUGGAUGGUUGAGGGUUGCUAAAGAUGCUGCAAUUCGUAGGGCAUCAAUCAAUUGUCCUCCCAUGGUUUCCCAUUUCCAGUUGCUUUACGAUCUUGCACUUUCAUUGUGUUCAAGGGUACCGAAGAGCAUCAGUAAAGAACCUCGGAGUUCUCGACUAAAGGAUAAGAAGAAGGGUGAUGGAGACACCUUGGUUAAAGAGCUAUUUAUUCACGAUCUGAUGCAUAACAAUGACCUGCUCCAUGUUCUUGGGAAAGGAUCUUCAGUUGUGCUUCUUCCCCAAAACUUUGUAGACAAUUCUGCUUGCUCAAAUCUUCAUGUAGGAUCUCAGUUAAAAGUAAAACCCAGGUUUUCCCUUGGUUUAUGCAGUCCAGAUGAUGAUUUGAAUGAUGCAAAAGGUUUGCUUUCUGAUGAUAUUUUGCUAGACACGAAGCAGUGUGCCCAGCAUUUGCCGGGUUUCUACUCAACGAUGGGGAGAUUUUCUUCUUUUUGUGCUGAGAACAAUCUUUCCUUGUUGGGCAGAAGUAAUAAUGUAUUAGGCUCUUUAGCUUCUCAGACCCAAAACUUGGGCUGUGAAAGAGAAAGGACUGCUCGCUGUGAUAGGUUGUCGGAUCAGGGACUGUUUUCAUGCGUCACUUGUGGGAUUUUGUGCUAUGCUUGUGUUGCCAUAGUUCAACCAAGCGAAGCAGCCUCAAGAUACCUCAUGUCAACUGAUUGUAGUGUUUUUGGUGAUUGUGGGAUCAGUAGUGACGGCUUGACUGCUGUCAGUGGGGAUGCAAAUGCUUCUGAGCUGGAUUCCUGUUCAGGAUGGAAGUUGAAAAGAACUCGAGAUGGUUUAUUCGAGGUCCCAAUAGAAUCUACUGAUCAAAUUCAAACAGUAGAUGAAAUCAUGGGAGUGGUUUUAAAUACUGAAGCACAGCAUGAGCAUUCUUCUCUUGGCCUUUUGGCUUUGACUUAUGAUUCGUCUGACUCAGAGGAAGAUCUGGUUGAGGCAGAUAUUCCUAACAAUGCCAACAAACCCCAGUCGGGAGAACAUCCCCCAGAAAGUACACUUGAACGUCAUAAAACUGGAUUGCAUUCUCUUGAUUGUUUUAGUGGAUCAACUGGCUUUCAUGAUCUCCCCUUUCCACGGUUAGGUUGUGGAGAUGAAGUUCCUCCCCCAAUCAUUGAUCCUUAUGGAAAGCAUGUACGCACAAGAGCUAGUUUCAAGGAUAAAAGUCAUACAGAUCCAUGUAUCGACUAUUCCAGUGAAGAUGAAACCUGUAAUAUCAUUGCAAUCGAGGCAAAUAGUUUACGUGAUAGGUUUAGACAUCAAAUAAAACUACCUCAUGUUGCCCCGAGUUGUUUUGCUCAUAAGGUUGAAACAGUAAUUGGUAGUGCCAUAGUACCAGUCGAGAACACGACAAUUUCAUUUGCUUCGAGAUCUGAUGAAGAUUCUUCUAGAAUGCAUGUCUUCUGUCUUCAGCAUGCUGUAGAAGUAGAACAUCAACUUCGUUCAAUUGGCGGAUCUCAUAUCUUGCUCCUUUGUCAUUCAGAUUAUCCCAAGCUAGAGACUGAAGCAAAAUUAGUGGCACAAGAACUGGGAACCGACUAUUUAUGGAGUGAUAUUGCAUUCAGGGAGGCCAGUGAAGAAGAUGAAGAGAGGAUGCAAUCAGCUUUAAAUAGUGAGGCAGCCAUACAUGGGAAUGGGGAUUGGGCUGUAAAGCUAGGCAUCAAUCUCUACUACAGUGUGAACCUUAGCCGCUCUCAUCUCUACUGUAAGCAGAUGCCAUUUAACUCAAUUAUAUAUAAUGCCUUUGGACGCAGUUCUCAAGCUAACACCUCAAUGGAACCUGAGUUAAGCGUGAAGGGGUCAAGCAAGCAUAAAAAGAUAGCUGUGGCUGGAAAAUGGUGUGGGAAAGUCUGGAUGUCAAAUCAGGUUCAUUUUUUAUUAGCAGAAAGGAAUCAUGAGGAACAAGAACAGGAAAGAAGAAUUCCGGCUCAGGCAAAGCCUAUGAAGCUGGAGAGAAUAUCGGAAGGUACCCACUUGACUGAAUCAGGCUCUGCAGCUAGCAAAACUGGAACGAAGAGGAAAAAUAGAGUAGAAAGUAGGUCAAUCAUUAAAGCUAAAUCACCAAAAACAGAAGAUCCUGAUAAAUCUUCAGAUGAGUCACCAGAGGAUGACUCUCACCAGGAACACAAGAGGAUUCUUCGAAACAAGCGAAUGAAAAACUACACUCCUCUGACUAGGAGUAGCCGCCAGGGGAAUACCAGAUCUGUGGACUCGUACGAUGAGGAUGAGCUGGAUGGUGGGCCUAGCACACGCCUAAGGACAAGAAUACCAAAGCCAACUAAAGAGUUGGAAUUUAAACGGGUGAGAGUCAAACAAGUUGAGGCCAAGCCAGUAUUGAAGCAGCAGCCGAGCAUCAAGAAAGGAAAGAAAGCUCCAGCUGGGAAGGUUCCGGCAGGGAAUAACAAUAAGAAAACGAGGGGUGAGGAAGGAGAAUACCCUUGUGACAUGGAGGGGUGUACAAUGAGUUUUGGUUCGAAACAAGAGCUUGUACUGCAUAAGAGAAACAUCUGUCCCGUCAAGGGGUGUGGGAAGAAGUUCUUUUCACACAAGUAUCUGGUGCAGCACCGACGUGUUCAUGUGGAUGACCGCCCCCUGAAAUGCCCGUGGAAGGGCUGCAAGAUGACAUUCAAGUGGGCAUGGGCACGGACUGAACACAUUAGAGUUCAUACAGGUGCGCGUCCUUACAUCUGCACUGUGGCCGGUUGUGGCCAGACAUUUCGCUUUGUUUCAGAUUUCAGUCGUCACAAGCGAAAGACUGGUCACUCCCCAAAGAAGGGCAGAUGAUGAUUCAAAAGGAGGAUGUAACUUAACAUGGCUGAUGAAACUUGUGAUCAACUGACAGAGGUAGGGCUAGACCUUAGGGUUUGAACUUUCCAUUGUAAUUUAUUUUUUUUUAACAUUACAGUUGAUGAUUCUGUUUUGCUCUGGGUCUUCAUUGGGCUCAUUCAUUUACCUUACCCAGAUCUUGAUACAAUUGUAUCCCAAUUGGAAUAUCAGAUGCAAAAUUUGCUCUUAAAUUGGGAUUAUAUAUGAUUGCAUUUUCAAGUUUAGAAUGUUGUAAGAGAAUUAUUUGACCCAAUCAUGUAUGAGAAAUCACUAAAUA